CCCAAGGGAGGCUCAACGGAGGCGCCCGAGGCGCCCGAGGCGCCCGAGCCGCGCGCACAGGCCCGCCUCGGCUGAGCCCGAUGCACACGCCGGGGAGGCAGCCGGCGAGCCCCGCAGGGGGGCACGCGCGCUACGGCACGGCCACCGUGGGCGCCCCGCGGUGGGAGAGCGACGUGCGGCCGCUGUCCCGGCAGGAGGAGCAGGACAUGGACAUCCAGCAGCUGAGCGACCAGUACCAGGAGCAGCUCGCCGAUCUCAACGCGGCGCACUCGCUUCUGCAGGUGGACCAGCAGCGCCUCGCGGAGAUGCUCUACGUGGACUCCUCCGGGGGGGUCACGGGCAUGCUCAGCGAAGACGUGCGGCUCUUCAAGGAUGGCCUGGACUUCAGACUCCAGGAGUUCGAGGAGAGCUGCGCCAGGAUCCAGGACCUGGAGCGGCGGCUGCAGGAGAAGAUCGACGAGGCCACGACCGACUACGAGCAGACCCCUUGUCCAUGGCAUCGCCAUGUCCACCGACAGCCGCAUCAUGAGGAGACUCCGCGAGCAGCAGCGGCUGAUCGAGCUGCAGCAGCAGGAGAUAGACCAGGUGCGGUUCGAGAAGGUGAUGCUCGAGGAGGAGACGAAACGCCUGCGGGACAUGACCAUGAGCGGCCAGGUGGCGGCCGUGCGGGCCGCGAGGGCGUCGGGCCGCGACGGCGGCGGCCGCGUCGGCGGGCGCGCCGCGCCGCUGCUCCACGCGCAGCGCGAGGCCACGAUGGCGGCGCCCCCGAUACCGGGCAGCGGACCGGUCGUCUUCGGCGGGCAGCGCGGGGGCUACUGAGCGCGCGCGCGUGCGCUGGGCCGCGGACGGGGAGG